AUGGAUGAUAUAGACUGGUCUAACAAUGAUGAUGUGCAAUCAGCUAAGUCUUUUUUUGAUAGAUAUGUUACAACAUGGAAUCCUCACAGCCAACUUGCCCGAGAGAAUAUACUGCACACUGCUUCACUAUUUGAUCCAUGCAUGUCUGAUACAAACCAAAUUAUAUCUGUUGACCCUUUCUCUGAUUAUGAAGAACUCAUCAAUGUUGUUCAGCGGCAUACAAAAUGCUCUGCUCAUACUUGCUUAAAAAAAAAAGGCCCAGCCCUCCAUUGUCGAUACAAAGCACCUUGGUCUGAGCAAUAUUUUUCAACGCUGAUUAUUGAUACUAACCGCAAGCCAUGUUAUCAACCAGCCAGAAAUGACAGCCAUUUAAAUAUUCACAACCCACUUAUGCUGGCAAUAUGGCGUGCAAAUGUUGAUUGCCAACCUAUUUGUUCCAAAAUGGUUGUUUUGCAAUAUAUCUCCAAAUAUGCUUCAAAAAUAGAACAAAAAUUGGAAGGCUAUGUUGACAUCCUCAAGAAAAUAGUCUCUACAACUAAUACUCAAGAUACCAUCUUGCUAGCAUACCAAAAAUUCAUGAUGGGGAUAGUUGUUGAUCGAGACAUCAACGCACAAGAAACUUGCCAUAUGUUGCAAAAGCUACCAUUGAUUAGUUGUUCCCGUCAUUUUGUCUCCCUUAGUGUUAGCAGGAAGGUCCUCCACCGUACUACUAAUCAAAAUUACAAUGCUGAGCUCUGCAAAUCUUAUAUUUCUGCUUAUAUGGAAAGGCCUAUUGAAUUGGAAAAAGUCUCACUAAUACAAUCAGCACAACAAUUUUCAUACAAUGGCCAACAUAAGAAGUAUAAAAGGCAAAAACUGCAAAAACAAGCAAUUGUCAAUGUUUACCUACAAUUUAAAAGCUCUCCAAAUGAGGAUGAUGACAACUUUGAAGCCUAUUGUUGGAGUGAGUUGCUCUUGUACACACCCUUUCGUCAUAUUCCUAUAGAUAUAGGUGCAUCAACAGACCAAAUCAUUGCAAAUUGGAAGCUAUUGUACAUGGAUGGUUACUCAUGUUGGCAUAUUUAUGGAAUAGAACAAGAAUGCACAACAGAGAAUGAUGAAGAGUCCGAUACUAAUGAUUUUUUACAUUCACACAAUGAAGACCAGUAUGAAUGGGAGUACCUUUCACAAAUGGGCGCUUCUAGCAACAUCACUAUCAAUGAUCUCCAAAUGUUAGGCAAACGAGAUUACGAUAUUAACUUUGAUUGGGCCGAACCUCAUCCCACUAAUCCACUUCAUCUUACUGUUGUUCACUUCAUUUCCACAAAUAAAAUAAAUUGCCAACCUGCCCUUCUCCAACCACCUUCUUUUGCCGCUGAUGGAUUCCCUUUGGCAGCAAAACAAAAACUUGCACUUGACCUUAUUCUUGUGCAUUACACAUCUUACCAAACCAUCCUACCUCUUCGUAUGAUUAUACAAGGCACUGCAGGCACUGGCAAAUCAUAUUUGAUACAAUGCAUUAGAAAAGAACUUAACCUUUCCACUACUCAAGAGCACAAUCCUUUGCUUGUACUUGCCCCCACCGAUGUAUUUGCAUAUAAUAUCCAAGCAACAACAAUCCAUGCUGCCCUGCGCAUCCCUCUAAGAGAUAUGCAGCCUUUGACAGACCAAUCUUUAAUGUUCUUCCAAGAAAAAUACAAACAAUUACAAUAUAUUCUAAUUGAUGAGAUGAUCUUUUUGGGUCCUAAAUUGCUUUUAAAAAUUGACAGCAGAAUACGUCAAGCAUUCCCUCGCCAACAACACGAACCCUUUGGAGGUAUCUCACUAAUCCUUGUAGUUGACCUUGGCCAGCUACCUCCUGUCAUGGACAAGCCCUUGUAUGCAUCACAUUCUACAGCCCUAGCAUUAUGGCACUCUUUCCAAACUCUGGUAACCUUGGAUACAAGUUUCCGACAACAAGGCACCUCAAAUAUACAACAACAAUUUCGUGCAAUCUUGCAGAACAUUAGAAAUGCCAAUGCACUCCAAACAGAUUGGGAAGCUCUUAUGUCUCGAUCCUCCACUAAACUAGCUGUUGAUGAUAACAAAUAG